AUGAACGACGGACUGACCGACAAGAUGCUGACGACGCUCGCGGCCAGUCGACCGUGCGAAAAGGCCAGCGGCGACCCCGAUGGCGACGAGUUCAACGACGACUGCGACGACGAGCUCCUCAAUCAGGUCCUCGCCGCCGUCGAAGGCACCGACACCACGUCGAACCUGCCCGUCGCGCAGCACAAGCGUCACGGCGGCACGGCUCUCGGCUUGCCUCUGGGCCCGCUCUUCGCUUGGAAGGGGCUCGCAAAGCCGGCCUCGCACGCUGCCUUGACCGAGCAGCAGGUCCGCGCCAUCAUCGACGAGGCGAAGAGAGACGACGGGGGCAAACGCAAGAGGGGACCGACCGACAACGUUCCGGGCGCGAAUAGCGAGGGAGAGGUCGAGGAGAGGACCAAGGCGGUCCCCCGCUUUCUACCGUUCAGCUUUGCCUCGUCGGCGUCGUCGCCAUCGAUCGCGCACCUCGCCGUCGCACGCCAGGGAAUGGGCUCACUCCGUCCGCCCGCCGCCGCUGGAUCCGCCUCCAGCAGCACCAAGGCGUCGUCCAGCAGCGGCGGUACCACGGCAAGCUGCAUCGAGACUACCAGCACAUCGAGGCCGGACUCAACUAAGGGCCUAGGCACACGAUUCUCAUCGCUCGACGACGACAAUGACGACGAGCACUACUGGUCGCCGUGCUUGAACCGCCGCACCAUCAAGAAACGAGCCAUCACUACCUCCUCUGACGUCGACGAGCUGGAAGAGACCGAGUCUCUGUAUGACGAGGCAGAGGAAUCGGCACCUCUGGCAGCCUCCAAGCUUCCCACUCACGGCCCGGCGGGAGCGCCCCUGCCAGCGGCCAAACAGACCUCGACCGGCCGAGCCGUUGUGCUUCCCGAUGCAGUCCAGCCCCACGACGGAGUGCAGCGAGAACGAGCGACGACCUCGGCAACCUCGGAUGCGCCGCGGGCCAAUGUGAUUCUCACCGCAAGCACCCUGCGCCUCGAGGUGAUCGAAUGGGCAUGGAUGGGCAAGGCCACGGGCCGGCGCCUCCGGUGCCGACACUGCAGCAAGGCGCCGUAUUGCGAGCCGCCACCGGUGGGCACUAGGACACGGUGUCAACGUUGCUGCGAUGUGCACGCCAGCGGGUGCAAUGUGGGCAACUACCUGCUGCGCGGUCGACGCUUCGACGAGUACUGCACCCGGCGCCACCAGGGACGUUCGCCCAGGGAGGCGGUGCUCGAGACGUUCUUCCGGUCGGGGACGGAGCUGCGCGUCGAUGCUGCCAUGCCUGACCCCCCGGCGAUGUCCAGCUCCAAGGCCCGUGGCGGCGGCGCGAAAAUGCACGUCAAGGCCCGCAGCAGCAGCGGCGGUGGCGCUGGACUAGCCCGACCCGUGUCCGGUGGUGGAUCACACGAUGCCGUCAGGCCGGGAGCAGGUAGCCGCGCCCGCCCUACCGCUACCGCUGCGAAGGGGUCGGGCUCAACGUCGGGCCGGGCUUCUUCUUCAUCCUCUCGGGCCGACAAGGGAGUGGCCGUGGUGGUUCCGAUCGGUUCGCAGCGCGUGGGCGGAGUGCCGCUGCCGCCGGCGUCGCAGGUCCGUCGGGACCGGGAGUCGCUGUCGGCGAUUGACGAGGCGCUGCUGGACCUGCAGAGCCAGGUUGAAGGGGCGGAUGGCGACGUGCUGCGCAUGUUUGCCUACGACGGGGCGCUGCACCGGAUCUCGGCGGCGCGCAACAUUGGCCUCAACCUCAAGUACCACGGCCGACGCUCUGCGUAG